AUGGAUAAAUUCCGAAUGAUGUUCCAGUUCCUUCAGUCCAACCAGGAAUCUUUUAUGAAUGGCAUCUGUGGUAUCAUGGCUCUGGCUAGUGCUCAGAUGUAUUCUGCGUUUGAGUUCAGCUGCCCCUGCAUUCCCGAGUAUAACUACAGCUACGGCAUUGGGCUGCUCAUCAUCCCGCCUGUGUGGUUCUUUCUAUUGGGUUUUGUAUUGAACAACAACGUGUCCGUGCUUGCUGAGGAGUGGAGAAGGCCGACAGGAAAACGGAGGAAGGAUCCUUCCAUCCUUCGCUACAUGUUCUGUUCCAUCACGCAGAGAUCUUUGAUUGCACCUGCAGUGUGGGUGUCAGUCACUCUCAUGGAUGGGAAGAGCUUCCUCUGUGCUUUCAGCAUCAAUUUGGAUAUUGACAAGUUUGGGAAUUACAGUCUCAUCAAAGAGAUGCCCGAGACAGAGAGGAUAAAACUCCUGGCAAAGAUCCCAUGUAAAGACUUGUUUGAGCAUCAAGAAAUCAGAGCAGCGGCGUCACGAUACAUCAAAUGCAUAUCACAGGCUUGCGGCUGGAUAUUUUUGCUCAUGAUAACCUUCACGGCGUUCCUGAUCCGUGCCAUUCGGCCAUGCUUCACCCAAGCCGCUUUCCUCAAAACCAAAUACUGGUCCCACUACAUCGAUAUCGAGCGUAAGAUGUUUGAUGAAACCUGUAAGGAGCACGCCAAGAGCUUUGCCAAGGUUUGCAUUCAUCAGUACUUUGAGAACAUCAGUGGAGACAUGCGUAGCUUACAUCACCAUCGCUCCAGCAAAUACGACAGCGACCGUGAGGAGGACGACAAGAGGAGGGACGAUGAAGAGAAGCUGCUGGGUAUAAGGGCCCAGGAUGACAUGAAUAAAGCUUUGUGGAACUGGCACACCUGCAAGCCAGCUCUUGCACUGAGAAAGGAGAAAAUAAAUGGCCAAAACAAAGGCAAACUGAACGGGGAAGCCAACGGAGCAGUAAAUGGGUUUGCAAAUGGCCACACCCAAGAUGUGCAGAAAAAGGAAUGGGCGGUGUAUUACAGUAAAGUCUGACGGCAAAGGGACAAUGGACGAUGCAUGCAUGAUCGCCUUUGGUCUUCGCAAAGUGCCAGAAAAAAAGCCUUCUCACUGUAUUUUUAUUUUUAUAGAUUUCUGAGAUUUUAAAGGGAUAGUUCAGAUUUUUUGACAUUAAAUUGGAUGACAUCCCCAUCAGCAUUGUAGUUCAUUAACAGCGACUUACCCCCCCCACUUGGUCUAAGUAAAGAGUUUGGCUUGCGUUGAAAAUAUUAGUACAUUUGCGUCACAAAAAUGAAUGUAAUGCUAACGAUAUGCACCCACAGGACACUCUAGGAAGUAAACCUGCUCUGGGGCACUAAACACUAACAAGUAGGGAUGUCCCAACCCAAUCUUCAGGAUCAGGAUCGGCUGCCGAGCCACUG